AUGACGGAGCUUACAAUUGAAGACCAGCAAUUUGCAGGGUUUAAGGACAGUGUCGUCCUGAUUACGGGUGGCAGCUCUGGUAUCGGCCUCGCCACGGCCCAGCUUGCAGAAAAGCACGGCGCCAAAGUGGUCGUUGGAGACAUCAACCCACUUCCUACCGACGCCGGCAAGGAUAUCCUCUACGUACCGCUCGACGUGACAUCCUGGGACUCGCAAUCCAACUUUUUCAAGAAAUCGUACGAGAAGCACGGCCGUAUCGAUCACGUCUUUGCCAAUGCUGGCCAGGCGCCGAAGUUCAACUUCCUCGACGAGGUCCUGAACGAGAGCGGCGAGCUCCAGGAGCCGAACUAUGACAGCUUCGCCAUCAACCAGCGCGGAAUCAUGAACACGACGAUUCUGGCGCUGCACUACAUGAAGAAGCAGCCGUCCGGCGGCAGCAUCGUCGUAGCAUCGUCCAUUGCAGGCAUCAUCGGCUUUCCCGAACUCGACUACAGCGUCGCCAAACACGCCCUCUUCGGCUUCGCGCGCGCCGUCGCCCACAACCUCCGCGCCAUCCCAGCUCACCGCAACCCCGCGAUCCGGAUCAACACGCUGGCGCCGUCGUGGACAGUCACCAACAUGGUCCCCGCGGCGCUGGCGCAGCUGGGCGCCAACAUGCAGGAACCGGACGUCGUGGCGCGCGCCGCGGGCUUGCUGCUCGUCGACAGCGCCCGCCACAACCAGGUCGUGCUCGUGCACGGCGGGCGCAGCUGGGAGCUCAGCGGAGCGUUCGACCGCGCGGUGGAGGAUAGCGUGCCGUUGAUCAAGCCCGAGGUGUUGGGCGUGUUUGGGGAGAUGCGGGAUUGGGCGACGUAUGAUAAGAAGGAGGAGAAGUAG